GCUGAUUACGUCAUUUCCGCUAUAAUCUUUCUACCUUCGAACACUGGUAACAACAGGGGAAUCGCACUUUGCUUAUUUCUUAUAGACACAAGACGUCCGAAGGUUGAUGAUGAAGAGAUCUGUUCUGCUCGUGUCCGUGUUCUUCCUGCUGAUUGUGGUUCUAUUCGCCGAUUAUGUGUCGGCUGAGGGCCAGUAUGAUGACAGGAGAUGUAAGUGUGUGUGUCCUCCUCGAGUCAUCAACAACGUCACCAGGAAGGUCUAUCUGAAGAACAACAUUGCCAGGGACGAUUGCGAGUGUGGAAAAGUUGUGGACCCUUUACCUGACAAUCCUGUGGAGUUCUGCCUGCGGUGUGAGUGUGAAUAUGAGAGUAGAAACACCAUGCUGAUGAAGGUUCUGGUCCUGUUUGUGUUAGCUGUACUGGGGGUGUUGGUGGUGUAUGCUGGGUUUGUCAUGUGUCUGGAGCCGCUGUGUGCCAAACCACAACAGCCAACCUUCCCAGACUCUGGACCAAGACAUGCACAGGAUGACAGACCACAUCUGGUGCGCUCUGCCUCCAUGUUGGGCCGUGUGGACAGUGCACGCCAGAGAUGGAAGAAACAAGUGGAAGUCCAGCGAGUCAAUGUGUACGAUAGACGCAACAUCCUUAGCUAAGUCCAUUCAAGUUGAAACCUGAAGUUUCUUUGUAAUCUUGAAUCUUCAAUCUGGACAUAUAUAUAGUGAUGUUCCAUAUUUGUUAUUUAUUGUAUAUAUGAGUGUUAGUUUAGUUCAUUUGUAUAUUCAUCUUUGAAAUAUUUUCAUUUGUGUUUUAGGCCACACUAAUUCAAUUUGUUGGUUCUCGGAUUCACCUCCUCAUUUUUUUUCUGAUUUGCA